CGGGGUGAAGUUUGGGUGAAGGCUCUGUCUCCAGACUUGGGGCAGGGUGUGGCUGGUGGCUGCUGUGAGCGGAGAGGAGGAGUGUGCUCGGGCAGGAGAGAGGUGCAGCCUCGCCUGGGCGUCCGAGGAAGCUUCCUUCAGAGCUUCUGUGUGCAGACAAUGAAAACUUGUUUAUUUUGAAGGAGUUUUAUAAAAGUCACCUUACAAGAACAUUUUAAAUUCUUAAUGAUACCAAAGCAGCUGUCUGUGAAAAUUUGGUUUGUUACAGAAUUAUGGUUCGACUCACAAUGGACUUAAUUGCUAAAAGCAUCAAUCGCAAGAACCACAAAGAAGAGUCUUUCUCCCAGUACCUGAGGAAAGCAACUCACCUGAAUGUAUCCAAUAAAAAUAUAGAUGCAAUUGGUGAUCUCUCUUUGUGUAGAAAUCUUAAUGUCCUGUAUUUGUAUGACAACCAAAUUAGGCAAAUACAUAAUUUGGACUUUGCUUCAAAUCUAAAACAUCUGUAUCUGCAGAACAACUGUAUUUCACGUGUAGAGAACCUCAUAUCACUGAAAAAACUUGAGAAACUGUAUCUGGGGGGCAAUUGCAUCACUCUAAUAGAGGGCUUGGAUAAGCUAGAAGAAUUGAGAGAACUGCAUGUUGAAAGCCAACAGCUAUCCCUUGGAGAAAAGCUCUUAUUUGAUCCAAGAACCCUUCAUUCCCUUGCAAAAUCGUUGUCAGUGUUGAAUAUCAGUAAUAACAAUAUAGAUGAAUUGCAAGAGCUAGCAGUUCUGCAAAAUAUUUCCCAUCUUAUAGCAGUUGACAACCAACUUCACCUUAUACAGGAUUUGGAAUUUGUAUUGAAUAAAUGGACCAAGCUAUGCCUACUGGAUCUUAAGGGGAAUCCUGUUUGCCACAAACCAAAAUAUAGGGACAGGAUUAUAGUGCAAUCACAAACUCUAGAAAUGAAUAUUCCCUUUUCUUUGUCAGAAUCUCUUGAUGGGAAAGAAAUAAAAGACAUGGAAAGACAAUUUCUAAUGAACUGGAAAGCAUCCAAAGCUGCCAGGAAAAAAAGCAAGGAGAGAAUGACAUAUGAGCAUACAGCUUAUCCACAUUUCUCUGACUUUUUUGAAACAGGUCAUCCCAUUGUUCCUGUGCAUCAUAAUCCUUCUGUGAAAGGAAAAUCAAAUUUUUUAAUUUUGUCUGAGCUACAUAUGUCUGCAAAUAACCGAAAAGAACCUCUGCAAAGACCUGAGGAAGAAAGUAGUAUUAAUGAAAAAAUCAGGCACCUGAUCUUGAAGGAUUCUCAAAGUUCACAGCCGAAAACAGAUAUAUUUAAGCCUCAUCUUCUCCAUCAAAUACCUCUGUAACCAGAAAUUACAAAGAUGAUUGUGAUACAUCAUAGCUGUGAAAUAAAUGAUCCAUGUAAUAUUUAAAUAGUUUAAUUCAGAAAACACUAAAUGAUAUUUUCUACAAGAUCUUCUUGGAAUGUUAAUUUACUAGAUUAUCACACC